AUGAACAUUUUUGUUGCCUUCUUCGUGUUGUUGCUGCUACUGGCAGACAUCACACCGCCAGCCGUCACAAAGAUACCACAGAUUGGCGCCUACUUUUGUCUGAACAUGAUCCUGAUAACGUUAUCGACAUUCCUGGCAGUGAUCGUCAUCACAACUCACAUCCGCGGUGACCGCACGAACGAAGUGCCAAAGAUUCUAAAAAUGAUAAUCAUUGAUAGACUCGCGAUAUAUAUGUGUAUGAAAGAGUAUCUAGAUGAAGAGAAUGAUAGCAAUGGUGGUGAUGGUGAAGAAGAGGAAGAUGAUGAUGAUAUCAAUAAUAAUAAUAACAAUAAUAAUAAUAGUAAUAAUGAUAAUAAUGAUAAAAUAAAUAUUUACGAUACUGAUACUGACGAUAACGAUGAUGGGAUUGAUGGUGAUGAUGACGAUGACGAAGAUAAUAGCUUUAAUAAUAAUAAUAAAAGUAGUAAUAAUAAUAAAAAUAGUAAUAAUAAAAGUAGUAAUAAUAAUAAUAGUAAUAAUAGUGAUGGUGAUGAUAACGAUGAUGACGAGAAUGAAGGAAAGAAGGAUGAAAGAAGAGGGAGGAAACGGCAUCUUGGUUACCAAUCACAUGUCGGAAUGUACGGUGGGGAAAAUCAAUAUAAUAAUAAUAAUAAUCAAAAUAAUAAUAAUCAAAAUCAUAAUCUUAAUUUUAAUUACAAUAAUCAUAAUAAAAAUAACAAUAAUAAUAACAAUGCGAUAUAUAUGCUAGAGGGAAGUAGAAAUAAAAAUAGUCAUAAUAAUAAUAUUAUUGCAGACCUUGGUGAUGAAUGCUUUAAGAACGACAUCAACAACAACAACAACAACAACAACAACAACAACAAUAGCAACCAUAACAGCAUCAACAACAUCAACAACAAUAGCAACAACGUCAACAACAACAUCAGCCGCAGCAACAACAACAAUGUUUAUUUUUCCAACGUUCCUAUCUUCUUCGAUCAACAAUUGCAGAAAUUUGGAGAUUCAGGACUGAGCGAAUCACCAGAUAAACAAAACAACAAAAACAUCAACAGCAACAACAACAGUGACAACAAUAAUAAUGACAACAACAGCAAUAACAUUUUCAGAAAUAAUAGCAAAAAUAACAAGUUUUAUUAUCAUUAUUAUUCUUCUUAUGAGAUGAGCAAGGAGGCUGAAAAUGAUUAUAUCGAUAUGAAACGUAGGGGAAAUAUUGACGAGUACAACAACAACAACAACAACAACAACAACAACAUCAACAACAACAUCAUCAUCAGCAACAACAACAAGAGUAACACUUACUCAAGUAACAACAAGAUGAACAAAUGCAAUGACUCCAUCAUUAAUAACAUGAACUAUAAAAGCAACACUGCUGAUAAAAAUAAUUAUUAUGAUAAGAACAAUCUUACUACUACCGCUGCUGCUGCUGCUGCUGCUACUACUACUACUACUGCUACGAAUAAUAAUAAUAACAAUGACAAUAAUGAAAAUAGGUCACGUGCAAAACAUUGCAACGAUGAUGACGUCACCAAACAAGGUCUCUACGUCACGAUUAUCAAAGAUGGCGACGGCGAUGCCGUGCGAGAAUCAAAGAUACAAAAUAUAAAAUUGAAAAUACAAAAUGUUAAGCGCUACAGACAGAAGCUGCUCGCGAAGCAGCAAGCCAUGCUUCAGCAGCUGAAGAUGCAGCAACAGGAGCUGAUACAGCAGCAACAACUGCUGAAAAUACAGGAGCCAAUGCCGCGACUUCAAGAGCAGCUAACACCAAACCAACAACACAUACAGCAGCCGCUUCAUAGUCAUCGCCAACAACGUUAUCUUCAUUACCAUCUUCAGCAAUAUAGACCACUACCAGCUCUGCCGUCCGUCGUAAAAUCAUCUAAACUCCUCUACACAACUCAUUCCGCAAACAGUAAACAAACCGGUACAUCCCUAAUUACGUCAUACAAUCUUAAAAAUGAAACCGAAACCACAAAGUCUCUUAGAAAAUUUCCUACCCACCGAGUAGCCUCAACUAUUAAUGACAAAUACCAAACCGAUACUGGGAUUUUCCAAAAAGAAUUUGGCGGGAAAUUGCCAGAAAGAACAAUGCAUAUUUACGAUAAUAUACCGUUCGACAUGGGGGUUUCAAGAUUUUCGCAUAAUUUAAGAAAAAAUUUAAAUUCAUCAGCCGGUAAAAUUAGUAAUUUUUCUAACUGUUUUAAUGGAAGUUUAAACACUGUUACUACUGCUGCUGCAGCUACCACAACAACUACUACUGCUACUACUACUGUUACUACCAUUGUUUUUGCUGCUUCUAUUGCUUCUGCUACUACUACUAAUAAUAAUACUAUUACUACUGCUGCUGCUACUACAACUACUACUAAUAAUAAUACUAAUAAUAACGCAAGUUGUGAGUUUUGUUGUUGUUGUUGCUGCUGCUUAUGUUGCGACAGCAAAGCGUUAGAUAGAAAUACAAAUGAGAACCACUUAACAACAUCAACAACCGAGCCAACGAAACAUCCAACUCUUCCACAUUAUUCAAGGUCAAAAAUCUGCCCACAACAGCAGCAGCAGAGAGUGAACAACAAAAACAACAACACAAGCAACAACAUCCGCGCCAACACCACUACCUCCAACGGCAACAACACAAACAACAAUGACAUCACCAGUGAUGACGUCAACCUCAACAAAGGCAUUGACGACAACGAAAAGCAUCGAAGUCGAUGUCGCAAAGUUUACCGCGACGCUGUGGCGAUAAAAUUUUUGAUAAAAAAGUACAUGAGACGUUUCGGCCAAAAGUCAAAUCGGUCUAGGGUGCAGAAAGAAUGGCGGAUAGUUUCCCGCGUCAUGGAUCGAAUCUUCUUCCUGUUUUACUUGAUAUUUAUAGUCUUUUCUUUGGCUACUAAGUUGCCAAAGAACCAGGAAUGA